AUGCUUACCGUUUACUUAAUUUUGAGUAGUUUUCUUGUAAGUUUAGUAUUUAGUAAUGACAACAUAAACAGCAAUUACACAACUGCUACCAGUCAUGACGGCAAGAACGACACCAUAGACGCGUAUGGUUAUUGCACGCACCCAGACUGUUCGCUGAAAAACCAGCACACCAUGUGUACAGCGGCUAAUAAGCAGAGCCCGAGACUGUUCGCGUCAGGAAUGACCACUUGGAUGCGGUAUCAAAUAAUGUUACUGCACAAUCGUCACCGCGAUAACAUCGCUAUGGGGCUCGAAGCAGGACAGCCGCCUGCAACCAACAUGCGAAAGAUGUACUGGGAUUAUGAGUUAGAAAACAUGGCCGAGGUAUGGGCACGUCAAUGCCAAAAGCGACAUGAUGAAUGUAGAAACACAAUUAGAUUUAAUGUUCUACAGAACAUGGAUGUUAGACCAGUAGUAGCCAGAGUCACAGAGGCUCAGUUACUUGCAGAUGCGGUAGGUGCAUGGUUCUCAGGAUCGAGGGUGCUGCCCCCAGAACACGUGUGGUCAUUUAGACUUGGCAACUGUAGCGCCACCAGCGGUUGUAACUCACACUGGUACUCUGCUGCCGCUUGGGCUUCCACCUGGCGUAUAGGCUGUUCCCAGUCGCUGUGCACCGCUAACAAACGCUCUUGUGUUCAUUUUCGCAAAAAAAGGCGACGUUCAGCAAAAGACCCUCCUUCUGUUCACUUAGUUAAUGAGACAGCUGUAGUAACAACCAAUCAUAAAAGUAUUUUGCGUCGUACUGGACUCGCUACCUCAUCAAAAACUCAAAGAUUUGAAGACUACGCUACUACCAUAAAACCUAAAUCUAAGGACUCGCCUUUACAUCGCGGAAUGAUGGACAUCAUUGAUAAAGAUUCAAAACAAUCUGAGUUAAAGAUCAUAGCUUAUACAUUUUGUAAUUACGGACCUGCAGGGAAUAUAGACGGUUUUCCAAUAUACGAAGCUGGAGCUACUUGUAGUAAUUGUCCACAGGGAACUUAUUGCGGUGACAGAACGCAUAGAGCGUUAUGCGCUAUAAGAGGCGACCCUGAUGUUAGCCAAACACGACAAUCUAAUUUUUGAGAGUAGUUUUGUUUAGUCACUUUUAUUAUUUGUUUUAUUUUUAGUAAAUUUAAAUUCUG